AUGAACCCUCUUCUGAUCCUGGCUUUUGUUGGAGCAGCUGUUGCUUUCUCCACUGAUGAUGAUGAUAAGAUCAUCGGGGGCUAUACCUGUGCGGCUAACAGCCUUCCCUACCAGGUGUCCCUGAAUUGGUAUGGUAUACAUCUCUGUGGUGGCACCCUCAUCAAUGAACAAUGGGUGGUGUCAGCUGGUCAUUGCUACGAAUCCAAACUUCAGGUGAGACUGGGAGAGCAUAACAUAGAGGUCCUUGAGGGAAAUGAGCAGUUCAUAGAUGCAGCAAAGGUCAUCCGCCACCCAAACUACAAUUCAAGGACUGCAGAUAAUGACAUCCUGCUGAUCAAGCUGAAAACCCCAGCUGUCCUCAAUAGUUAUGUGGCCACCAUCUCCCUGCCCAAGUCCAGUCCAAGUACAGGCACUCAAUGUCUCAUCUCUGGUUGGGGAAACACUGCUAUCUUUGGUGCUGACUACCCAGACCUUCUGCAGUGUUUGGAAGCUCCCAUUCUGUCUGAUUCUGAUUGCACUAAAUCGUAUCCUGGUCAAAUCACAUCAAACAUGAUCUGUGUUGGCUACCUGGAGGGUGGCAAGGAUUCCUGCCAGGGUGACUCAGGUGGCCCUGUAGCAUGUAACGGAGAACUCCAGGGUAUUGUCUCCUGGGGUUAUGGCUGUGCUCUGAAGAAUUAUCCUGGUGUCUACACCAAAGUCUACAACUAUGUGGACUGGAUUGAGGCAACUAUUGCUGCCAAUAGCUAA